CCAACCCCCACCCAUCGCAGUAGAAAACAUCUUAUAUUCUCCUCAUUUCUCUACCCGGACCAUAUUUGCAAAUACGGUCGAGUCUGGCGCCGUUUCCCGCAAGUUCAAGCACAUUUGCACCCAAUGCCAUCCAUUCUUGUCAUCAACCCCAACUCGUCCACAAAAGUAACCGACGGUCUCCGGGCGAUCUUGAAUGCACCUGCAGGAAUCACCCUUGAGUUCUACACGGCGCCGGCGUCGUCGCCACGGGAAAUCGAUGGUGCACAAUCGCUGGUUCUCUCGGAGCAGGCCACGCUUCCGGAUCUAGUGAAAAAAAACCUCCAUACUGCCCACGAUGGCUAUCUUGUAUGUUGCUACUCGGACCACCCGCUAGUAAACAGUCUAGCACAGAUCACACGGCUGCCUGUGUUGGGGAUUAUGCAGGCCACAUUGCUCUACAGCUAUGCCAAUGCCCGCCUCCAGAAGCUGUUUGUUUUGACCAGCACCAGCGGCUGGAACCCGCUUUUGGACGAAGGAAUUACGGCCUUUGCUGGGACCGGUGUGUUCCCACUGCACAAGUUCCAAAAGACGCGUGCUCUUGACGUGUCUGUCUUGAGUUUAGCCGACCCUGCGGAAUUCAAGAAAAUCUCGGACCGCCUUGACUUCUUUUUGCAGGAGUACAAGGACGACCACAUUGACUGUGUUUUGUUGGGCUGUGCGGGAAUGGCGGGCUUAGACGACAAGCUUUCUGCCAUGUACCCGCACAUCGAGUUUGUCGAUAGCUGCAAGGCCGGCGUGGCAUUUCUUGUGAGUCUCAUGUCGUUUGCCAAGUAGGACCUUCUGUUUGAGCAGUUUAUAUAGAACUAUGCUUCUGGCGAGUAAGAAUACAUAGUAUUUGCUGGAGGACGCCAGGACUGGCUGUAUGAAAAGAUUCAUUUGGGCUGUCUUUUGAGCCCCAUGGGUCUUUCGUUUGACUUCUGUGAGAGGGCUGAUGUUUCGAUGAUUACUCUUUAUCCAUUGUUGGUUGGUGACUCUCGAAUUCAAAGACUGGAAUACUUACUCGUAGUCAGAGUUCAUUGUCUCCAUCGCCCAUCUUGAGGACUGUGAAUAUCAGUCCGGAUCGAGUUUAUGGCGAUUAAUGCGGUGAUCGGGAGGAAGGUUAGUUUCUGAACCAUGAGGGGUUAAGCCCACUUCACAGUGUGAAUUCUUCAUGGUAAUUGUAGCAGAGAGAAACUUCUUUUUACAA